GUAUCCUUCCCAGCAUCCAAUAUGUACAAACAACUGCACGAAAGGGGCAUGUCGCUCGCCUUGCGGGCAGCUUCAGGAUCGGGGAGCCAUCGUAGCAGUGGCAGCUCCUCCCUUUCAGCGCUUUUAUCGACCCUUGUCCCAUGUUUUGUCCUCGCAGCCGUUCUGGUUGGAUUGUUCCUAUUUCUGCGAGCAAAGCACAGGCGCCUUUACGCUCCUCGGACCUACCACGAGCUCCUCGACGAAAACGAGAAAACGCCGCCAGCCAAUGAUUCAUUCUUGGGAUGGACAGGAAACUUCCGGCGAAUCAGCGACGAAUACAUCCUCAAUCACCACUCUCUCGAUGGAUAUCUUUACGUGCGAUUUUUCAAGAUGUUGGUUUUCAUGUCAUUUGGAGGUUGCAUAAUCACUUGGCCCGUUCUCUUCCCCGUCAAUGCGACUGGCGGAGGCGGAGAGUCUGGUUUAGACAUUUUGUCUUUCAGCAAUGUCAACAACCCUACUCGUUACUUUGCUCAUGCGCUCAUUGGCUGGGUAUUUUUUGGCUUCGUACUCUUCCUGAUAUGGCGAGAGACAUCCUACGUGAUCAAAAUCCGUCAAGCCUAUCUCCUAUCUACCUGGAAUACGAGCCGAAUUUCUCAGAGAACCGUCCUCUUUACGAACGUCCCGGAGCAGUAUCUCUCCCAUACCAGACUUCGCGAGUUAUUCCAUGGCAUCUCCCAAAUGUGGCUGGUCUCGGAUAUGAACGAUCUGGAAGACGAUGUAGACGACAUGAACGAUACCGCGCUGAAACUGGAGAAUGGAGAGAUCGAACUCAUUCAGAAGGUAAACAAGACGCAGCAGAAGAAGAGAGAAAAAGAAGGAGAUGGCAGCGGCAGGCGUUCCAGGCGCACGUCUGGAGAGCAACUCAUUGACCAGGAUAUGAGACCAACUCAUCGCCUGAAACCUUUGAUCGGUGAAAAGGUCGAUACCAUUGACUAUUGCCGCAAAGAUCUCGCCAACAUGUUGAAUAAGGUGCAAGCCGGCCAAAAGUCUCACCUGCAGGGAAAAGAGAAGCUUGCCAGUGCUCUCUUCGUAGAGUUUGACACCAUGGUGGACGCACAAAAUGCAUAUGCCCUUACUGUCGACGAGAAGCCCGGCUCCUUUGUUGCUCGUCAGAUGGGCAUUCUCCCAGAUGAAGUCAUCUGGAAGAACCUGAAAAUGAAUUCGUGGGAUAGGUCACUACGCCGCGGACUUGCAACUGCAGCAAUCUCUGCCAUCAUACUGUUUUGGAGUAUCCCGGUCGCUUUGGUCGGCAUUAUAAGCAACGUCAAUUACCUUACCAACAAUGUGCCUUUCUUGGCUUGGAUUGACGAUAUCCCCAAAGUCAUUCUUGGCGUAGUGACUGGACUUCUACCUACCAUUCUUCUGGCAGCUCUGAUGGCUUUGGUGCCAAUUAUUUGCCGAUUCUUUGCAAAGCUCGCUGGAGCCAUCUCGCUUUCCGAGAUCGAGCUGCAAACGCAAUCAUGGUACUUCGCCUUCCAAGUAAUCCAAGUUUUCCUUAUUACAACUUUUACGUCUGGAGCUACUGCAGUUGCCUCUCAAAUCGUCAGCAACCCUACUUUAGCAGUACCGCUUCUUGCCAAGAACCUGCCCAAAGCCAGCAACUUCUACAUCUCGUACUUUGUACUCUAUGGCGUGGCCAACGCGGCCAAGUAUCUCUUCAAUAUUGGCGGUCUAGUCGGUGUCUUUAUCCUCAGCAAAUUUGCGAAAUCACCACGCAAGAAGUACCAACGAUACGUUCAGCUUACGUCGCCUUCUUGGGGCUCCGAAUACCCAAAGUGGACCAACUUGGGUGUCAUUGCAAUCAGCUAUGCCAUCAUUUCGCCGCUCGUACUGGGCUUUGCUACAGUAGGAAUGGGUCUCAUCUAUGUGGCAUACCGGUACAACAUGAUCUACGUCUUCGCCACACAAAUUGACACAAAAGGCGCAUGUUACGCUCGCGCGCUUGGACAACUGAUGGUCGGCGUGUACCUCGCGGAGCUGUGCACUCUCGGCCUGUUCGGAAUCGGUAUCGGCAACUCGGUGUCGUCAGUUGGUCCCGUGGUCCUGCAGAUUGUAUUGAUCAUUGCCACGGUGGUAUUCCACAUCUCUCUCAAGAAGAAACUGAGACCUCUUGUCGAGACACUACCGCUGAACCUCCUACGAGAAUCCGAACAUACUGCCCACGACGACAAAGCCGAAAAGGGCUUGAACACAGAGCAGAACGGCAUGCACCCUAGAUAUGUGGAGGCCCAGAGAAACGGAAAUGGAUACUCCAAGAUGAACGGCCAAGAGUCGUUCAAACAAGACGGGCUCACGUCCGCUCGGUAUAGAGACUGGUCCGCGACGCGCAAUACCCACGCUGCGAGGAACGACAUUGGUGAAGACAGUCACACCGAGAAUCAGUCCUUGCUAAAGCGCAUUUUCAUGCCGCAGGCGCAGUCGGCUGCCAGCUUGUCCGCCUCUCUGGUCAGUCGCUUCCGGCAUCCAGUCCCCACAUACACGGAGCAAGAGGCCCGCCAGGCGUACUUGCAUCCGGCUCUCACGGAGGAGCCGCCUGUCAUCUGGCUCCCUAGAGACUCUCUUGGCAUCAGCCGAAAGGAGGUGGAGGAGUUGCAGUCUGAUCUCGGAGAGUAUGGCGUCAACGCUACAGAUGAGGGUGCGAUUUUGAAUGGGAAGGGAAAGGUAGAGUGGACUGAGGACAGCGCCACUGAAGCACCGCUGUGGGAACGUAAAGUAAUUUAUUAG